AAGGGUGCAAUUAUUCCUUCUAAAAAAAAACACUCUGGAAUAAUGUAGAAGCCUCUUACUGUUCCUAUCAGAAAUAAAGUGAAGAAGAUGCUAGAUUACACUCGAAUUGCUUGAGUUUCUCAGAUUCAUCGACUAUAAAUAUCACCAUACUUUCUUUGGUUUAUCAUCAGCAAGUAAUCAAGCACUAGAAUCAAAAGUUAAAAAAUCCUCUGUUUUCUUCAAACAACAAAGUUCCCAAAAAUGUCUCUUAUUCCAAGCUUCUUCGGUGGUCGCAGGAGCAACAUCUUCGACCCAUUUUCUCUUGACUUAUGGGAUCCAUUCGAGGGCUUCCCAAUUUCAACCAAUGUCCCAUCCUCUGCUCGUGAAAUCUCUGCUUUUGCAAAUGCAAAAAUCGAUUGGAAAGAGACCCCUGAAGCUCACACCUUCAAAGUGGACGUUCCGGGGAUAAAGAAAGAGGAAGUGAAAGUCGAAGUUGAAGAAGGAAGGAUUUUACAGAUUAGCGGUGAGAGAAGCAGAGAAAAAGAGGAGAAGAACGAUCAGUGGCACCGUAUGGAGAGGAGUAGCGGUAAAUUUUUAAGGAGAUUCAGGUUGCCGGAGAAUGCAAAGACGGGAGAAAUAAAGGCAGCGAUGGAGAAUGGGGUGCUGACUGUGACUGUUCCUAAAGAAGAAGAGAAGAAGAAAUCUGAGGUGAAGGCCAUUGACAUCUCUGGUUAAAGAAAUGCAGAUCAAGUGUUUGAUGAAAGUCCCUUUAUCAAUAAUGCAUUAAUGUUUGGUUUGUUGGGAAAUUAAGCUUUUAAUCUGAAUUGUGUGUAAUUGUCUAAGUUGUAAACAAGAAAAUGGUGUGAGAGUUUAAUUAAUGAAUAAUUUCAUUUUUAACAUUUA